UCUCGCUCACAGGAAGAGUCGGACAGUGUGAUGCUGGGACCCUGAGGAGUAGCAACAGCCCGAUAAUGUCUUUUUUAGUUUAUUUAUUAUAUUACAGCGAAUAAAGAAAGGCGCUCGGUUAAAGAUAUAGGACGGAAUUAAUCCUGUCUUGUGAGGACUGAAGAAACUAAACAAAAAACAAACAAAAAAAACCCGAGCUGAAUAAUAAACACCCAGCUGGUUGUGUGGAGACGUUAAAGACCAUCACCAUUUUUUCCCGUUAUUUUUCUGUAACGGACUGUAAUCGGUAUCUAUUCUGUUUCUGUCACACUGAUACGUUACUGCACGUUUAAAUCUAACGAGCGUUGAAGCUUUAAAAAUGAUCUUUAACAUCGCACAACGAUUCUGUCCGCUUUAUUGUGACCUUUGGACGGUCUGAAUCCUGCUAUGGGCUUCACACUGACCCUGAGCUCCAGAGUCACAGACCACCUCCUCCGACACCAUGUAGAAGUCUGUGUUUGUCGACUGGCUAGCGAAGGGAACACAAAGCAGCGGUUAGCUCAAUGCUAACUGGGUCAGAAUAAUGACAGCUUAGGCCACUAGCCUUCAACUCCCCAUCUAUUAUUACUGCAGUCUGCUGUUAGCUAACGCCUGCUCGCUUCAAUACACCACAAAGGUCCUCCUGGUCCAUUUGCUGUGUAUUAUCCACACACUCUGGACAGAAAUAUGGAGACGGUUGGAGACUUCGAGUACAGCCGAAAAGACCUGAUAGGACACGGAGCCUUCGCGGUCGUUUUCAAGGGAAGACAUAAAAAGAAGACAGAGUGGGAGGUGGCCAUCAAGAGCAUUAACAAAAAGAACCUCUCCAAGUCUCAGAUUCUGCUUGGGAAGGAGAUUAAAAUUUUGAAGGAGCUGCAGCAUGAGAACAUUGUGGCGCUUUAUGAUGUCCAGGAAACACCAAAUUUUGUUUUCCUUGUAAUGGAGUUUUGUAAUGGAGGAGAUCUGGCAGACUAUUUACAAGCUAAGGGCACUUUGCGGGAGGACACACUGAGGGUCUUCCUCCAGCAGAUCGCAGCAGCCAUGCGUGUUCUCAACAACAAGGGUAUCAUCCACCGUGACCUCAAACCCCAGAACAUUCUCCUGUCCUACACUAGCCGCAAGAAAUCCAGCGUCAGUGGCAUUCGAAUUAAAAUUGCUGACUUUGGCUUUGCACGAUAUCUUCAAAGUAAUAUGAUGGCAGCUACUCUGUGUGGUUCACCUAUGUACAUGGCUCCAGAAGUAAUAAUGUCCCAGAACUAUGAUGCCAAAGCAGACCUGUGGAGCAUCGGGACUGUUAUUUAUCAGUGUCUCGUCGGGAAGCCACCUUUUCAGGCAAACAGCCCACAAGACCUGAGGAUGUUCUAUGAGAAAAAUAAGACACUGGUGCCAAACAUCCCAAGGGAAACAUCUCCCCCCCUUGCUGAACUACUGCUGGGUUUACUACAGAGGAAUCAGAAGGACCGGAUGGAUUUUGACACAUUCUUCAGCCAUCCCUUCUUGGAGCAAACAUCAAACAUCAAAAAAUCUUGUCCUGUGCCAGUGCCUGCAUGCCCUAGCUCCGUGUUGGAGAGCACUUGUGGCAGCUCGCCCUCCUGCCGUUAUGCCUCACCUCCGUCGUUGCCGGACAUGCAGACCCUGCCUGAAGACGUGCUUUCCUCUCCACCUCUCGGCCCUCCCAACUACCUGCAGCUGUCUAAAGAGUCGGGUGGCAGCACCAGCAGCAAGAACUCCUCCUGUGAUACAGAUGACUUUGUGCUGGUGCCUCACCUGUCUGGAGAACAGUCCUAUGACUUGCCAAUGGGGGCCAUUGGUCGUAGACCAUCCAGUGAGUUUCUGCUGUGCGGAGGGCAACCCUCAACAGGCCAGAACCCUGUGGUGUCACCUCGAACUGAGACAACUCCUAUACCUGUGCCCACUCAGGUGCGCAACUACCAGCGGAUCAAGCAGAACCUCUCCAGCAGCCCCAGCACCACCCUCUAUGGUUCACCAAGGUCUGGUACAGUAAGGCGUUCUAACACCAGCCCUAUGGGAUUUCCAAAAACUGCCUCUGGCUCCCCCAGCCCUGCUGAUGCUGCCCAGACUGUGGGUCGAAGACUCUCCACUGGUAGCUCCCGCCCCUAUUCACCUUCUCCACUGGUGGCUACUAUUCCUGAACAGCUGGGUCACUGCUGUUGUGGACAUCCCCACAGUCAUGAGGCACGCAGCCGCAGCUCAUCUGGUGGUUCCCCUGUGCCCACGUCUCAACUGCUGGGUGCCCGACUCCAGAGUGCACCCACCCUGACGGAUUUCUACCAAAACAAGCAGAAGCUGCACAAGCAGCUCUCAGAUCCUGUUCAGCCUACUGCCUUAGCCUAUGCCCCAACACACUCACCACAGCUGGGACGGCCUGGCAACCUGGGGACGUCUCCCACCAAGCAUCUUGGUUCCUCCCCCCGCACAUCUGAUUGGCUACAGAAAUCCCCCCUCCCCACUAUCAUUGGCUCACCAACUAAGACAACUGCUCCAUUUAAAAUCCCUAAAACUCAGGCCUCAUGCAACCUCAUGGCCCUGGCUUCUCAACAGGGCAUAGUGGACAGCCCCAAUUCCAGUAAGAUGUCUACUGAUGCCCGGGAGAUUUGCCCCCUUCACUGGUCACCGUACCCCAGCGGGAGACACUCAGCUUCAGAAAGUUCCAAAACAACUUUUGGCAGGUCUGUGAGUACAGGGCGUUUGUCAGAGCAGCCUGUAAGAAUCGCUCUGGGAGGACAGCCAUAUCAAGGCAGUACAGACAGCCUCAACACAGAGAGACCCAUGGACACCGCCCCUGCAGGGUCAUGUGGUUUGGCAGUGGGGGGUUCGAGUCCUCGUACUGUAGUGUUCACAGUAGGCUCGCCCCCCAACAGCAGCACCCCUCCCGCUUGCAGUCACCUGAGCACACGCCCUCGCACCAUAUCAGUGGGGUCCAACAGUUCAGCAGGCUCUGUGUACUCCACCAGUGGAAAGGUAUGCGUGGGCUCUCCUCCUGCUAUGGCCAUGGGUAGUUCUCCCCCUGGGGCGGAAGCAGCCCCUAGCAGCCUACGCUAUGUCCCCUACGGCACCUCUCCACCCAGCCUUGAUGGGUUUAUCACUUUUGAGGCCCCUGAGCUCCCAGAGGAGACGCUGAUGGAGAGAGAACACACAGACACACUAAUGUAUCUACGGAUGAUGCUGUCCUUUACGGACUGUGUGUUGGAGAUGGCUGCUGUGAGAGCGGGAGGAGCAGACCUUGGCAUUUCUGCAGCCUCGCUUUAUCCUCCACAGGAGAGUGUGGUGGUGGACCAGAUUAGCCAGCUCAGCAAGGAGUGGGGGCAAGUAGAGCAGCUGGUGUUGUACAUGAAGGCUGCUCAGCUGCUCGCGUCCUCUCUGCACCUGGCCAAAGCUCAGAUCAAAUCUGCCAAGCUGAACCCCUCCACUGCCGUCAAACAAGUGGUUAAAAGCCUGAACGAGCGCUAUAAGAGCUGCAUCUCCCUGUGCCGCCAGCUCACGGACAAACUGAACCACUUCUUCUCAGACAAGCAGCGCUUUGUGGACGAGAUCAACAGUGUGACUGCUGAGAAGCUCAUAUACAACCAUGCUGUAGAGAUGGUCCAGUCGGCAGCGCUGGACGAAAUGUUCCAGCAGACAGAGGACAUUGCGUACCGCUAUAACAAAGCUGCUAUGCUGUUGGAAGGCCUCACUAAGAUCCUUCAUGAUCCGGCAGAUGUAGAGAACGUCACCAAGUAUAAGGCGAGCGUGGAUCGGAGAAUCUCUGCGCUGUGUUACUGCACUGUCACAUUGUAUGAAUAGAACACACACACAUCACUGGCCACAGGGACCAUCCUCCUUCCAGCUCACUCAGACUGGAGGAUCCCCUCACUCCUACUUCUCCAACUUCGUAGCAGACAGAGCACUUUUCCUUUUUUUAUUCUUCUUUUUCAUGAGAUCACCUGAACCAACAGAACAAGUAUUAUUUUUUCCUAUAGGACCUCUUCCACCGAAUCACUACCAAAGAUAAACUGCAACAACAAUACACAUUCUGUUCUGAAGAUCGAGGCUCCGGACUCAGCCAGCCGUUUCCUGUUCGUUUCAGCAGUUCUCCUCAGAACACCUCUUUUAGCUUUUCCCUCUUUUUACACUGAGAACUGGUCUUUUUUUAAUGACUUUUUUUUAAAAAUAUUGUAUUCUGUGAUGGUGUUGCAGUUAUUUAUUGGUUUUAAGAGGAGGAUGUUAGUGUUACGUUAUGAUCGGAUGCUCUUCGUGAGUCAGACUAGCACACACACGCACACGUUUUACUCAGCUGUCUUUAGCACGGCAGCCUGACAUUUGUAACAUUUAAUCUUUUUUUUUCUUUCUUUUUUUCCUUUUAAAAUCAAAUGCACUUUAUUGACACAGACAUGGAAAAGACUUGUGCUAGAACCCACAUUGAGCUAUUCUCUCUGACUUGCUGCCUGGCUCAACAGGCUGUAAAAAGAUAUUCAGACUCUUGUCAUGUGCAGGGAUGAGAGUUUUCUCUGUGGUCACGAUCAGUCGUGACGUUCAUCAAAAAUAACAGUCAAGAUACUUGAGUAGUUACUUUUUCAUUUCAUUUAUAGAAUAAUAAUAUAGAAACAUGCAUUAUGUUUAGAUUAAUACUGGAUUUUAUAUAUAUAUAUAUAUAUAUAUAUAUAUAUAUAUAUAUAUAUAUAUAUAUAUAUAUAUAUAUAUAUAUAUAUAUAUAUAUAAUAUAAACUGACAUUUGCAUUGUGUAUAUAUUUGAAUGUGCAUUGUUUUGUUUUUUGUUUGUUUCCGAAUGAAGGCGGUUGUAGGAGUUGUCAUGGGAUUCCCUGCCACUCAAUCCAAGAGCACAAGUAAUGUUUUUUUUUUAGCAGUUUGAUACUUAUCCACUACUGCCAUUCAGACUCUUAUGCAGCCCUCAAGGAAGAGACCUCAUGUGUGUCUUUGCACGGCAGCUCAGAAUUCAAAGACCUGCGCUCUAUGAAGUACGUUCCUUUUGGAGAGCAGAGUCGGAUAUGGAUACGAGGCAGAAAUGCUAAUGUGAACUCUCUCUGCCAAGCAGUACGCAGCCAAGCUGGCUCAGCCUUUCCCUGGCUGUGUGUGUGUGUGUGAGAGAGAGAGAGUGAGAGAGAAUGAUAUUGUAUAUAUGUGUGUAUGUAUGAAACUGUAUUUAUGUAUAUAUAUAUGAGUAUGUGUGUGUUUGAGAGUGUAUGCGUGUGUGCGCGUGCACUAAAGGCCAGUUUAAAAAAACUGAACUGAAAGCACUGCAAAAGCAGCCUGCUUUCACCUGUACAUGUGUUAAUAAGAACUUCCUGGUGUUCUAGAUCUGCACAGGCACUGAUGCUGUCUCCAGUGUGUUCUUCUUUGCUAUUAUUUUGUGGUUAUUAUUUUAUUCUCAGACUUUACCUUCACAAAUCUUUUAUAGUACAGGCAGGAAAAAAAAACAAUGCCAGAAACAUAUUCUCCUGUUUUCUUUUACGUCCUAUCGAAUCUGCUCACAGUCCUGUAGCCUGUAGAGGAGCACAGGAUGUUUCUUAGAAGUGACCGGUGUACAGAGCAGGUCAUAGUCGUGAAUGGGUAGAAUGUAGAUUCACUUGAAUUCUUGAAGUAAAUAACCUUCUGAUAUGUCUAGUGCAAUGCAAACCUUAAAGCUUCUGUAGGUUGUUUUAUUUUAAUUUUUUUUUUAUACUGACAAUAUUGUAAUUAGUUCACCAUCAACACCUCUGCUCCAUGUGGACUCCAAAUGGUGGUUCAUCAGAGCCACCAGCUCUCUUUUCUGCAUUGUAUCAAGUUCAUUUGUCAUCUUGCAUGGACAUAAAUAUAGAUUUUAUAACUUGGAACUUGUUACAGGGCAACCAAUAAGAACAGCAGUUCAACCCGGCAUACAAAUAAAAUCAUUUCUAUAUAAUUCUAA